GCGAAGGAGAGCGGGUCGUAAGGAGACUCCCGCUAGGGUCUCGGAGGGAGUCGAGGAGGUUCUGAUUUUCUCUGGCGUCUGGUUCGCGAGCGGAGUUCGCUUAUUCUGCCGGGGGCUUCCUGGACAGGGCUGGAUUCUAGGGGUUUUGUUUUUGCUUUUCAAAGGGGAGAGGGUGUAAGGAAAGAGGAGAAUGGACAGAAUAUUGACCGGAACGUUAAUUGGGGCUUUUCGGAUGGGAAGAGCAGAAUAAUUCUAUAUUCUUCUGCCUUCAUUUGCUCCAUUAGUUAGGCUGACUUCAUUUUUGAAUUCUCAACUUUGAAAUCGGCCAGUGUGUUUGGCAGAAUUUGACCUAAUUCGGGGGUUUGCAAUGGAAUUUCUGAAAACCUGUGUGCUUAGAAGAAACGCAUGUAACGCGGUUUGCUUCUGGAGAAGCCGCGCGGUACAAAAGCUUUCAGUUAGAAAGAUUAGUACUACCUCUCCAAGGAGCACUGUCAUGCCUGCCUGGGUGAUAGAUAAAUACGGGAAGAAUGAAGUGCUUCGAUUUACUCAGAACAUGAUGAUACCGGUCAUACACUAUCCAAAUGAAGUUAUUAUCAAAGUUCACGCUGCAAGUGUGAAUCCUAUAGAUGUUAAUAUGAGAAGUGGUUAUGGGGCUACGGCUUUAAAUAUAAAACGUGAUCCUUUACAUAUUAAAACCAAAGGAGAAGAAUUUCCCCUGACUCUGGGUCGGGAUGUCUCUGGUGUGGUGAUGGAAUGUGGACUUGAUGUGAGGUACUUCAAGCCAGGAGAUGAGGUCUGGGCUGCAGUUCCUCCCUGGAAACAAGGCACCCUGUCAGAGUUUGUUGUAGUCAGUGGGAAUGAGGUCUCUCUCAAGCCCAAAUCACUCACUCAUACUCAAGCUGCCUCUUUGCCGUAUGUGGCUCUCACAGCCUGGUCUGCUAUAAACAAGGUUGGCGGCCUGAAUGACAAGAAUUGCGCAGGAAAGCGUGUUUUAAUCUUGGGUGCUUCAGGUGGAGUUGGUACUUUUGCUAUACAGGUCAUGAAAGCAUGGGGUGCUCAUGUGACAGCAGUUUGCUCUCAGGAUGCCAGUGAACUUGUAAGGAAGCUCGGGGCAGAUGAUGUAGUUGAUUACAAAUCCGGAAGUGUGGAAGAGCAGUUGAAGUCUUUAAAACCGUUUGAUUUCAUUCUUGAUAAUGUCGGUGGAUCCACUGAAACAUGGGCUUUAAAUUUUCUCAAGAAAUGGUCAGGGGCCACAUAUGUGACUCUGGUGACCCCUUUUCUCCUGAACAUGGACCGACUGGGCAUCGCAGACGGCAUGCUGCAGACAGGAGUCACCGUGGGUUCUAAGGCAUUGAAGCAUUUCUGGCAAGGAGUCCAUUAUCGCUGGGCCUUUUUCAUGGCCAGCGGCGUGUAUCUAGACGACAUCGCGAAACUGGUGGAUGAGGGAAAGAUUCAGCCCGUUAUUGAAAAAACGUUUCCUUUUUCUCAAGUUCCAGAAGCCUUCCUGAAGGUGGAAAGAGGACAUGCAAGGGGAAAGACCAUUAGACGAUAAAUCCCAUGAUCCAAGUACAAAACGCCUUUUUGCCAGUAAUUUGUCUUCUGAACUGAGGACAGAUGCAUUUUCUACCCCCCACCCCUGCCCCACUGUGUGCACAUCGCCUUGCCCAGAGUGCGGUCUGGUACCUGCCCGGCAUCCCCGCGUUCCUGUUGCCGAGAGGUCCUCCGAGCCGAGCCGAGGGGACGCACAGCGCAGGCUCUGCAAGUGUCCGUGCUUGGCCUACCCUGUAAGCUGCACGGGGAAGACAACAGAGCUUUCUCAAGCUGUUUUUUCACCCCGGAUUUUCCCAUCGUUGUAUCAUCUUCUGUUCCAGUGCAGCUCAGACUCCAUUCAGGUUCUAACCUGUCCCCUCACUCGCUGUGACGCGUUGUGACGCCACGGCAAGGACGCACUCGGAUUCCUCUGUACGGUUAACCAGAA